UGUUGCUGUUGCGCUGAUUUCAUUGGGAGGCUUGGUAAUGUCUACCUCCUUAUAGGAUAUUCGGCUUGAAAAACAGCUUUCAGCCAUUUUAUCAGUAGUAAAGUUUCUCUCUCCGAUUCCCUUUUCAUUUCGAACAAUGGUUUUAUGAAGCACAAAAGCAAAAAACGCGAGGUUUGGAUAUAAGAGAACAGUGCCUAUUAUUGACACGAGCUUCCUUUUUUGCAUUGAAUUCUAGCAUGUGCUACAUGUGACGGUACGGAUGCUAGGCAUGGGACAAGCAGCAGACUCAGGUGAAUAACUGCAGUGGAUCGCCGUGGGAGAUGACAAAUGGACGCUUGGGGAAGAUCGGAUCCCCCUGGCCUGCAGUCCGGGGGCGCCAUGGAGCAGGGCCUCAGCUUCAGUGCGCUGAAGAAGUUGGCGGCGGAGCCGGACCACACCGAUGUCAGCCUCUCAGCAGUGGAGCGCAUCCGGGCCUUGAACAAGAUGGGCUGCAGCAUGGAGAUCAACGAGGACAUCACCCCGUGGCGCUACUUCCGCUCGGGCGUGGAGAUGGAGCGCAUGGCCGCUGUCUACCUGCAGGAGGGAAGUCUGGAGAACGCCUACGUGCUCUACAACAAGUUCAUCACCCUAUUUGUAGAGAAACUCCCUAGCCACAGGGACUACCAGCACUGCAGUAUUCCUGAGAAGCAGGUUAUAAUGAAGACAUUACAAGAUGUCGCUUUUCCUCGCAAAGAUCAAUUGAAGAAGCUCCUUCAGGAGAAAUACAACAAAGAACACACAGAGUAUCUGAAGAAUCAGAGCCAGGCCGCGGAGGGCUGUGGCCAGCAGCUGCAGAGGCUGUCUCUGCUGGAGGAGGAGCGGCAGCGUGUGGCUCAGUUGCGCAGGAUGCAGAUCGAGUCGGAGCAGUUCCGCUUCUUCGAGGACCAGCUGCGCAGACAGGAACAGGCCAACAGGAAGGAAGAAGCCGUCCCCAAAGUGCCCGAACAAACCGAUGGGUCCUGCUUGACUAAAAACCAUGUUCGCCUCAAUCCCACCCGCAACGAUCGCUCCCAGCCUGUCCCCGUCAACAAGCCAGCAGCCACUCUGGGUGCUAUACAGAAUCAGCGUGUGGAAGGACUCAGACGUGUAAUUAUUCCCAGGGAUCUCACCUACAAGUUUCUACUGCUGGCUGACACUAAUACAACCAGAGGGAUUGAGACCUGUGGCGUUCUCUGUGGAAAACUGACCCAUAACGAGUUUGUGCUGACCCACGUCAUCGUGCCCAAACAGUCGGCCGGGCCAGACUACUGCGACAUGGAAAACGUGGAGGAGCUCUUCGGGUUCCAGGACCAACACGACCUCUUGACCUUGGGCUGGAUCCAUACACAUCCCACGCAGACGGCCUUCCUCUCCAGUGUGGAUCUGCACACGCACUGCUCGUAUCAGCUGAUGCUGCCCGAGGCCUUAGCCAUUGUGUGUUCUCCGAAGCACAACGACACCGGGGUCUUCAGAUUGACCAGUUCAGGCAUGGGAGAAGUGGCUGGCUGUCGAAUGAAGGGCUUUCACCCUCACUCCAAGGACCCCCCGUUGUUCAGUGUCUGCCGGCAUGUCGUUGUGACGGACACGAAGACUGUGGUGCUGGACCUCAGGUGACAGUCUGACGAGGAAGCACCCAUCCACAGACCAGAGUUUUUAUUUAUAUCUUUGUUUACUUGAAGGCUUUUUUUGUAUUUAUUUAUUUUUUAAAGAAAAGGUACUGUGAAUCGAUAUCGCUUUUCUGCACAGGAUGAUGUGAACGUUCGUUGUGAAGCUGCUGUAUGGAGUUGCUAAUAAUGGUGGUGUUCUCUUGCUUUCUUUAUUGAUAUUGGCUUUGGUUUCAGUGGCUUGUUCUCUCUAUCACGGCAGAGGGGACCUUGAAGCUAUUCUUUCCCGUGGUCAUCUUUAGGGACCUGCACAUUAGAUUUGAUGAAGGACGCAAAAAAAAAGAUUUUGCACGAAUAGCUUUAUCAGGGAUUUACAGGGAAACAAAAAUGGCUUGCCUUACAUAAAUGAAGAGAUCUUUUAAAAUAUUGUCAGAUUUUAAAUAAAACAAUGCUACAGUAUCAGGGUUUAGGUAAUUCUAUCAUCGCGUUAUCCAGGGCUGCCAAACCGUAUUCCUGGAAAUCUACUGUACUGUAAGUUUUCACUCCAACCCUAACGAAUCAUAUCUCAUUCAACAGCUAGAGAUCUUGUUGCGCUGCUAAGUAGUAGAAUCAGGUGUGCCAAAUGAGGGUUGAAUUAAACACCUGCAAGAGGAAGGUAGAUCUACAGGAACUGGGUUGGGCAGCCCUGGGCUAAUGCACAGAGUACAGUGUCUGCCCAUGGGCUGUGUCCCCAGGAAUGAGGACCUGUUGGACCAGGAUAGUGUUCUCUGGAGCAGGAAACUGAAUGACUGCAUAGCACUUCGGGCUUAGCUCGCCUCUCCCAUUCCUGUCCUGACUAUCCUACACAAAUAUCCUUCAAUAUUGUCCAACUAUUGUGUAAUGCAAUAAACCCGUUCUGAAUUGAUUAUGGCUGUAGGAUUAAGGAGUUGUAAAAUGUCCCAGGAUGCAGGAAGAUAAUCUGCAAACGGCGAGGGCAACCUGGCUACCCUACCUGAAACCACUGUGAAGGAGCAGUGUGUGUUUAUUCACUGAGUCACAGUUUGCAAAGUUUGACGCCCACUUGGACAUGGCUCAAGUUGAAGGUUGUACACACCUAAAGUACAUUUAAAAUAAAAAAAUAAAAAACGUAUAUCUGAUGAGCAUCACGUUUAGGCUAGUUGAAGCUGAGGAAUCCAUCCAGUAAAGACAUGACUGGCUGCAAGCUGCCAUAGCACAGCGAGAGGACCUGAAGCUGCUAAACAAACCCUUGACAUUCACCACAACCUUACGUGCGAAAUGGCUCCUCCUCCUACACUGACCGAGAAGAUGUUGGUGGUGAACGAGCUCACUGUAUGAACUCCAAUCGUUCAUCAGGCAGCCCUCAAAUUCUUAUUUGCAAGACGCUUUGCUACACAGGCCGAGACCAAAUCCUGAAGGCAUUCAGAAGAUGGUGUUCUCUCUUCUGCGUUCCUGAGGCCACAGCCCAUGUCAUUUUUGUAAGAAGCAAGACCAACUAGAAUUUAAUGAUACUAAUACUCUGUUUCCAUGACUUUUGAUGGAUUUUGUCAUUGGGUGUGUCCUAUUGAGGGAAAAAAAAAACUAAAUGUCAUCAGCUAACAUUAUACAAAAAUGUAUAAACUAAAUCAUUUUAUAACUUUAUAUUUUUUUGGUUUUGGAUAUUUUUAUAUUGUUGUUCAUUAUAGAUAGAUCCUUUUGGGUAGUUGUAUGUUGUACCUUAGGAAUUUAAAUCUGCUAUUUUGUGUGAUUCAUUUAAUGCUCGACACGGAGAUGUUGACCUUCUCAUGAUACGAGUAGGAGGUGAAAAAAGGAACAAAAAUAGCCUUGCGAGUGGCUUGUUCAGGAUGUGGAGACUAAACCAAAGUGCUUAGAAUGUCACAAGCAAACCACCCGAAUACGCCUUACAGUGGAGGAGUUUUUGCCAUUGGCAUAAGGCCCUCAGUAACCACACACAGCUCAGGUAUGAAUCUACCUUUUUAUGUCCUGAUAUCAUUGACUUGUCUCCGCUCACUGCAAAAACCCAAAAAUAAGUCUGCGUCAAGAAGUAUUUUAGUCUUAUAUUUAGAUCCUAUUUCUAGAUUUUCUUUUGCUAUAUACAGUAAGACAUAAGUAUUGCCAAUGUUUUGACUCAUUUCAAAGAUUUGCCAAUGGGGUAGGAACAUUUCACUUGUCAAGCUAACUGUACAGUAACUUAAAACAAGCAAAUGUUUCUAGAGAAAUCAGACAAUAAGACCCAUUAGGAGACUAAAACACUUUUUAAGACAGACAUUUUUUGCAGUGCUCUCUUGGCCCUUGCUGAAAACAGGCUGCCAUUUUCAUGUGAGCUGGUUAAGAGAUCCCCAAUGCUGUGCCGAGCCUGCCUAGUGCUGACAGCCCCGCCCAGUUCUCCAGAACGUGACUCUUGCCUUUGUUUACCACCCCGAGGUGUGUAGUGUGCCAUUUUACUGCUGCUGUAGUCAGCUCAGUGGAGCCACCGAAACCACACUCCACUAUUGAUGUUGCAUUGUGUGAAAGAACCGAACAUAGUCAAGAUUAAUGUAGAUUUACAGCCACGAUUCACUCGUUUCCUCUGCUGUUUUAAUAAAGGAUAAUUACACUUUG